AUGAAGAGUACUCAGAGUCUCCAUCAGGAGGCUACCCAGUCUACGUUAUCGGUCAAACACGAGCCAGUAUCGAUGGUGACACCCCUUCUCAACCCCAGCGAUGCAACUCUUGCUCCACAAGGCUGGCCAACAUCGCCGAGCCGCAUCAAGCACCCUUCAUCUACAGUGCUACUGGUUGGAGCUUUUGAAAUAGCUCUAUUAGCAUUCUCAUCAUGCUUCAUCAUCUUUUCGUUAGUAGUCAUGUCUUACGAUGGCAAACCCACAAGCGAGAAUUCAACGGCUACCAGCGUUCUCACGAAAGCGACUAGACAUAGUCCUACCGUCUUCCCGCUGCUCUUCGCUUCAGUCAUUGGGCGAGCAACUCACGCAAUACUUCUUUGGCGGCUAGAGAAGGGCGAACGCAUCCAAGUCCUCGAUACGUUGGCUACAAGCACAUGCCUCACGAGUAAAGUUACCUCACAGAUUCAACUCCGCCAGAUCAGUGUCUUGAGUAUGUUGCUCGUUGUUAUAUGGGCGCUAUCACCGACUGGGGGCCAAGCAUCACCCCAGCAAAUGUCCACUGACAUGACGUAUAACACCACCUCGUUAACAUUCAAACACGUCGUACCAUUUGGAAAUAUGCUUGUAUACGAUAUGCGCGCGUGCGAUCGCUCGGCUGUAGAUAACCUCUUUAUCGGCGCCAUGCUUACUUCUUCGAGGAUUAGAGCCUCCUCACUAGAUGUCUGGGGCAAUGUCAAAGUACCCAGAAUCGAGCACUACGAAGCUACUGUAGACACAGACAGUCAAGGAUAG